GGUUACAAACUUUAGCUUGAAGAUGGCAUCAUGCCUUUAUGAAUGCCUUUGUGAGGCAGAACUUGAAAAGUACUAUCCCCAUUUUGCUGCCUUUGGCCUUCAGAAGAUUGAUGAGCUUGCCAAAGUUUCCAUGAAAGAUUAUACCAAACUGGGAGUCCAUGACAUGAAUGACCGCAAACGACUCUUUCAGCUCAUUAGAAUAAUCAAAAUUAUGCAAGAGGAAGACAUUGCAGACUUAAGCAAGCAAGACUUUCAACCAAGUGGCCUUUUCAUUCAGCCCCAGGUGACCAGAUCAGGUCCCCGUAGACAGCUGCGUUUUGAGUCUUUCUUUGAAGAAAAUGGUGGAACAGUUAAAGACUCUGAAUCUGAAUCAUAUGGUUCAUCUGAUUUCAGUGCCAAUGAUGAGAAGAACAGUGUAGGGGAAAUGUUGGGACACGUUCAACCACACGAUUCAGAGCUGAUCAGAUUAACUAGAAGAGACCUAAAUACUCCUGGAAUAUGCACAAAAAAGGACCUGAGCUGUCCGACAGUUUCUGAUGAUAUUGCUCCUCUCAUAGGGGAUUCUGAAGCUCCUAUUAUACAAAGAAUAACUCAUAUUUCAGGGUAUAAUUACGGACUACCUCAUUCCUGUAUCAGAUCCAGUACUUCUGAGAAAGAGACUCCAUGGACAGAGAGUGAAAAAAUCAGAGUGUGUGUCCGAAAACGUCCUCUAGGCCUGAGAGAAGAGCGACGUGGGGAGGUUAAUAUCAUCACAGUGAAAGAUAAAGAAACCCUGCUUCUUCAUGAGAAGAAGGAGGCAGUUGAUCUCACCCAGUAUAUUUUACAGCAUGUUUUUUAUUUUGAUGAAGUCUUUGGGGAGUCAUGUACCAAUCAGGAUGUGUAUAUGAAGACAGCUCAUCCUCUCAUUCAGCAUAUUUUUAACGGAGGCAAUGCAACCUGCUUUGCAUAUGGGCAGACUGGUGCUGGCAAGACUUACACCAUGAUAGGUACUCACCGGAACCCAGGACUCUACGCCUUGGCUGCCAAGGACAUCUUUAGACACCUGGAAGCAUCACCGUCAAGGAAAGAUCUCCUUGUUUUGAUCAGUUUUUAUGAGAUCUACUGCGGACAGCUUUAUGACUUGCUAAACAGAAGGAAGAGACUGUUUGCAAGAGAAGACAGCAAACACGUCGUUCAAAUAGUUGGACUGCGGGAGGUUCAGGUGGACUCUGUAGAUCUGCUAUUGGAGGUGAUUUUGAAGGGGGGGAAAGAACGUAGCACAGGAGCUACUGGAGUCAACUCGGAUUCCUCUCGAUCUCACGCUAUCAUCCAAAUCCAAAUUAAAGACACAGCCAACAGGACAUUUGGAAGGAUAUCAUUCAUUGACUUGGCUGGCAGUGAAAGAGCAGCUGAUGCCAGAGACUCAGAUCGACAAACAAAAAUGGAAGGAGCUGAAAUAAACCAAAGUCUUUUAGCACUAAAGGAAUGCAUUCGGGCGUUGGAUCAGGAACAUGCACAUACUCCUUUCCGGCAAAGCAAAUUAACUCAGGUGCUAAAGGAUUCUUUCAUUGGCAAUUCCAAGACGUGUAUGAUAGCCAAUGUAUCACCUAGCCACAUAGCUACAGAGCAUACCCUGAACACCUUACGAUACGCUGACAGGGUCAAAGAGCUGAAGAAAGGGAUUAAGUUUUCUACCCCCGUCACAAACAGGCAUCGGACUGCUGGAAAUGUAUCUCCAAAACGUGUCCAAAACUCAAUCUCUUUGCCACCCGGGGAAAAGAGCUCUCCAAAGAAAGUGAAGCUGGGCCUCCAGCAUCCCUCAAAUGCUACAAAAACAAAGGCAUGUCCUGCAGCACUCCAGCCACCCAGUGUCCCUUUUAGCUCUACCCCCAGGGGAAUCAACAAAGGACAUGCCUACAAAGGAAGCCCCAGCUCACCGUGGUUCCACCGUGCUAGCCCCAUGAAGGGAGUCCUACGGAUAGCACAUCCCCUGAAGAAGAAAACUGAUGAUGUGUCCUCCCACUCUGAAAAGAACCCCACUGCAAAGGAUUUCAUCACCAAAAAUGCUGUCACAGUGGAAACAAAAGAAAGUGUCCAGAGAGACAAGUAUACGCAAGACAGGCCACCUAUCCAGUGCCUGAAAGUCCAGACAGUGCAACCUGUUCAGAAACAGCUUGUUUCUAGAGAGGAAUUUUCCUUUGGAGAUGGGAAUCUGCCUUCCGAUGGCAGACAAGAAUGGGGAAACACCUUUGCUAAACAAUCUGUUGAAAGCUGGACAAAUCUGCCUCCAUUUCAGAAGGAAAGGGAAGAGCAUUUACGUCUUUAUCACCAGCAGUUUCAGCAGCCACCUAUUCUACAGCAAAAAUUGAACUAUCAACCUCUUGAGAAAUUCUUAAUGCAAUACAAGCCCCAGGAGAUUCAAGUGAAGCAGGAGCUGAGCCUUACUCCCACGGAAGUACAGAGCAAAGAGGGGAUGCAGCUGGAAGAUCUGGAUGACAGUGAUUUCAGUGAAGAUUCUUUCUCACCUGUCUGUAGUCAAAAGAGCGUGAAAAGAAGAAACACCAACAAAUGCAGUCAACAUUCAUUUUUCCUUCAUCAAAGAGAACAAGGAACUGAAGAAGAGCAAAAAGGCCAAAAGCGACAGGACUUAUUUUUUAAAUAUGCAAUACCCACACAAGAACAUGAACUGGAUGACAGCUGGGACUGCAGUAAGGGCAGCCCAAAGAUGGAGGAAUCCAUUAAAAAUGCAGGCUGCAAUAAAAGUCCAUCAGACUGGAGCUAUGACUUAUCUGUUGAGUCCUCUCCAAGCAAUGCUGCAGAAAAACCUUACUGCCUGCAAGAAGAUUCGGCUUGUAACUGGAAAAUUGGCAAAGAUUUCCUGGCUGAUCACAAACAGUAUGAAUCCAAGCACAGAUGUCUUGUUCACUCCAGUGAAGCCACCUUAACUCCAGAAAAGGAUGCUUCCAGCUCAUAUAUUUCUCCUGUACUGAAAUCAGGAACUCUAGAGUGCAAAGACAUCGACCUCCACCAUGAAGAGAAGGAAGAAUCCACUUUGGAUAGACAGGCUGCCCUUGCAGAAGAUGUAAAAUGGAAAGCUCAAAAAAAUUUAGUUAACUAUCAUGGAUUUCCCAGUUGUUCCUCAGAAUUCACUUCCGAGCUAACAGGUCCUCUCAUGGCAUCCCUUCCUGACUAUGAGGAGACAACUGAUACAGAGACAGUGUCUUCUUCUAACCAAGAGAAGUCCCCCCGCGUGAAGCAGAUGUCGGCCAGGAGCAUGCAUGGCUCCCAGGCCAGGUUUGAGGAGGAAGGCUGGCAGUGUACGAGAAGCAGAGCUCUGACAGACAGCAUGCUGGAGCUAGGGGAGCCAAUGCGUCGUGGUGGCAGGCACUGCAUCCUGCUGCAUUCCCCACAGAGAGGGGACAGGUGGCUUCCACCCGCCUGCUGUGACCUGAAGCCCUGCUGCUGCCUUCUAGGCUCGGGUUCACCAAGGAAAGGAGUCGCCCUCAGUUUGUUUGUUGGAGGUGACCUGAGGGAAACAUCUGCAGCUGAAUCCACGGGCUCCAGGGGAGAGAGAGAGGGUGGUUCCUUUCUCAGCAACUCAACGUGCAAAGACUACUCGGGUGGCAGACAGCGUGGAGCUGAGGUUAAAGAUAGUACUGCUUAUUCAGGAAAGUCUAACUCAGAUCAAAGACCCAGUGCUGAGCUCGUGGCUCAGGAAAUGAAUGCCAAUAUCCCUGAAAAGAGCUACUUUCCAGGUGCACCGUGCUUUCUCAGUGUGGGAAAUAUGGAUUAUGCAGCCCAGCCCCCCUCUCAAGAAGUCAGCCUGGUGUUGCAGCCCAAGUCGUCACUGAGGAAUGAGGACUUCAGUUCCUCUGAAGACCCAGCCAAGUCAUCGUUCAGCAAUGAGGAAGUGGGUUUGCUAAAAACCAAGUUAAUGCAGAGUAAUUUUACACAAGAGAUCUGUGCUGCGGAUUCGGGAUCUGGAACCAAAGAUAAUCAGCCAUUAACAAAUGCAAAGAGCCCCUCAGGCAUGUCCAGCAGCAGCUCCCUAAGUGCUACGUCAGAGAUGGGAAAAUGGCAGAGGGAGGCCCUUGAGAAGGCACAACAGGCUGUGAUUCGGGCCCAUCGGCAGCAGCUGGAUGAAAUGGCAUCCUUGUGCUUCAAGGAGGAGUGCUUGAUAAAUCAGAUGUCAGCAAUGGAUUUUCAGCAUUUUGUGACCAAGCUGGACGAAGUCUUGGUACUGAAGUCCAAGUGUAUCCAAACGACGCGGGCCCAGCUCCAGCUCUGUUUGGCCUCUCCUGGCUCUGACACGUCCCUGCAAACGCCUCCACCAGUUUAAACCUUCUCUGCUUGCACCGGCACAAGAACAGCUACAGAAACAGCCAGCAGCCAGGGUUUGGCCACACUUGGUGCUGCCAAGCACGAGUGGAUUAGGGGAUAGAUUUUUGGUUUGAUGUUUGUGAUUAGUGUGCAUUUUAGAUAAAGGAUGGAGACAAUUCUGAGUAAAUGAGAGAUGACUGCUUGGCACCACAAGCUCUUGUAUUUCCUUAAUACCGGUAGCCCUUGUUCUUAAGAAUAACAAUUCAGCAGCCUUUAAAUAUCUCGCUGAAGCAGCAGGCAGUCCUGUCCCCAGUAGUCAUAGCAGCUUCUCACGUGUUAAAGGCACAUCUGUGUUGGCAAGAAAAUAAGAGGGAAAGAAAAAACACUCUGAAGCCAGACACAGGACUGAAUGGAAAUGCUCAAAAGCUAUCCAGAAAAGUGUUUGCAAACAGAAGCCAGGAAAAAGAGAGGUGCCACUGCUUGUUAAAUACAGUAACGUAAUGUGAGUACAUGAAAGUCAAGGCAGGGCAAGAAGUGCUGCCCCUUUCAGAAGAAGGCAGGUGAUUGCCACAUUUGUUCUUUGCUUGGGAACGAACACUCCAGAGCUCCUGGAAGAGGUGGCUUAAGUCAUGGGUAACGAGUGGUUUAGUAGUGACUUUGUAGCAAAGGUUUAUCUAAGUGUGUUAAUAAGCAUGGGGGUUUCACCCUGUUGCCAACAGCUUUUUGCCCACUGCCAGUGACAUGUGCUGCCUGUCCUGCAGCGCUGCUGUACAGCGCUGGGGUGACAGAAUUGAUUUUUCACAUCAAAAGAGGGUGUGGUUGGAGGCAGAGGGACUCCAGAAGCUGCUGAUGGUGCUGCGAGUACGAAGCUGGUAUUUGAAUCCCCAACUGCAGAACGACCAGCUGCAGCCCUGCGAAAGCAUCACAUCCGAACCACGAAACAAAUCCACUUGCUGAAGCCACAAGUGGCCUUGAAGCACAGCUCGGCUGACAACACGCGGCGCGAGCGCUCCCUCUCCAAAAUUAGGGCUGUGGCAGCCCAUUGGGCCAUCUCCCUGUCUCCUCAGUAACGCCUGUGGUAGGUCAAUCAAAGCCUGCUCCGUGGCCAGAAAUGCCAAGGGUAAGGGGACACGGCUGUCUGACCAGCUGUGAAUGUCACUGCCUGCUUCUACAGCCACCCAGAGCAGCCCUGAGGUCUGACCAAGCAGCCACACAGUAACGGCAGCGACACUCAGUCCCAGGAAUGUCACACGGCGCAGCCCUGGGGAACAGAAGUGCAAGGGGAGCACUCGUGGAAGAAAAGUCCUCCAUCAGAGGGACUUUUGCAGGGGGGAGGAGGGUUUUAGCACUGGUUGGUCCCCAUCUGCAACUGAGACCACAUUACUCCGUGGAGCAGAGAGCAGAGCCCCUCCAGGGUCCGAGCUUAUGGCUCUCGAGGUGGCUCCCGUGUCCAGGUUUCAGGCCAUGGCAGGUCACACCUGAACCCAGGUCUGCCAGAAGCCUUCCUCGCCCAGAGGAAUGAGGCUUCCAGGAACAACACCCCCAGGGUCAGUGGUAUUUUGUGUCACAGCACAGAGCAAUGAGCUGGGCAGCCACCAGAGAGCUGUACAGCAGUGGGACACCCAGCAUCUUGUUCAAUCAUGGAAGGAAAAGCAGGCAUUAAACCCAGCUCCCCUCUAAGACAAGCACCUCUCAGAAACCCUCCCUCCACCUCCUGGGGCUGGGAGAGGCCUUUUCUAAGGGGAGGAGAAGAUGGGGCACUGAGGUAGUCCUUGUACCUUUUGAAAGCAUAAAUGGAUGCGAGCUCUCACAGAUAAAUGGACAUGAGUGGUUUCCCCAGCACUCUCUCAGCGAGCAUACAGAAAACAAGGCUACCAGGGAGCUGCUGAGGAGUUUUGGGACUUUGGAGCUGAGGAAAAGGCCGGUCUGUAGGAUGUGUUGCACAGGUCAGGAAGGAAGGAAGGAAGGAGGAAGAUGAGAAGCCCAGCCAGUAACGCAGUGCCAGGGAGGAAAACUUCCCCUCCACCUCCUCUGAUAUCUGGGGACAAGUACUGGGCAAUUCUACUUUCAGGUUUUUUGAAGAGCAGGCUCAGCAAAGCACGUUUGCAGGAAUUUUCACUCUCUUGCUGAAUCUCCAUUUCACAAGGGAGAACCCUUCACAAAAUAAACCUAAACCUUGUCCUAAACCUCAGUAGUUUCAGAGUCGGUUCUAACAAGACCGAUGAACGACCAAAAAUUUCCCCGGGCGGAGGAGAUGGGAGUGAAGUCAGCUGCCACCUUUGAGCCACCUACAACCCCUGGUCAGGCUGCUGUGAAAAAGGCAAAUCUGCCGGCAGCUGUGAGCCUCAGCACAAGGUCCCAGGGCAGGAACUGCUCGAUCCCUGGAGGAACGAUGGCCGGGAACACUGAGAAACAACAAAUAAAUGGAACAACAACAACAACGCAGCAGUUUUUCCAAGGUCUGAAAAUAUUUUUUUUUAACUGGAGCCAUCCAGGCACUCCACAAGGUUCUACUUUGUCGUAUGUAAGAUUUUAUCAUCAGUCUGUUCUCAGAAUUUUAUGAGACAUGACAAAAAUAAAGAUAAAUAAAAAUAAAUAAAUAAAAAAUAAAUGAAAAUCCGUCCGUCCUUGUGAAGAUCAGGACUACUUGAAGUGCUGCACAGCCAGACCAGGAGAUACCAAAACUGGGCUUUGGUAUGCCAAGGAAACUACCAAUGCCGUUGUCAAAAACAGUAACAUUUUUCUCUCCACUCUUACGGUUAUUACCUAGAUGCUGCUUUAAUUUUUGUGUGAAAACGUGUUAAAUGAGUAUUUUAAAAGUGUCGUCCCCUUCCUGCUCUUUGAUAUUGCACUGUUUGAUUUUAACUUCAACUUGACGAACAUUAGGUGAGUGUUUGCCAUUACAGCAGACUAAGAGAUGAAGGGAACCUGGCCACCAACCAUCAAAUACAUUCAGAACUAAACGGGGAUCGCUUUUUGUAUUCAGGUGUAACAAAGACUAUUAAUGCUCGUGGCAGAUG